GAAAAUUUUUUAUUUUCAUUCGAAACUGUACAUGCGUGUUUGUAUGGAAAGAAAUAAUACCCGGGAUAGACCAUUUCUCAGCCAAAAUGGAACGGACGAAUUGAAAACGGUUUUUAUUUCGGUCUAUGAUAUUAUGUAUGUGCAUGUUCCAUCCAUUCGAAUCGUUCAUUCAAAAUUGAGUCAGCCUAUGGUGAGGACCGUUCUCAAAUGCUAAAAUGAUGGGCAACGUUAAAUCUCAACAAACAAUUACAGCGACCAGUUUCAACUGAAACAACAAACUUUGUAACAACAAAUCAAAAAACCAACUUGAAAAUUUUCUUCAUAUCCAAUUUGUGUAUUGAUGUCACUUUUUUUGAAAAGAAAAUAUUCCAUUGAUUCUAUGUGUUUAUUUUGAUGUGAUUCUCUCUAUUUGGUGAAUUGAAGAAUUUCAUAACAUUCGUGCAACAAAAAAAACAUGUACAUAUCAUCAUCAAGUGUAUGAUUUUUUUUUGAUGAACAACAAUUAGAAUUUUUCCCAUACAUCUUGAAAAUCAAUAAAAUUUUGACUGAAAGAAAAAAUUCAACUUUCAAAAUUCGCGUCAUCUUGAUGAAUACAAACCGCCAUGUGUUGGGUGAAUAAUGAAAUAAAAAUUUAUUCAAACUAAAAAGAUAAUUCCUAAACUUUUGUCACCAACAUCAAUGAAUAUCAUCAUCAUCAGUAUCGCUAUCAAUUUUUUCAUCAUAAUUCCUAAUAAAAUAAAAUAUUACUAAAAAAUAAUCGCCAACAUUGGAAUUAAUUCAUAUCAAUCUUCCGAAUCAUGUUCUUUCCUGGUGAUCUAGUUGCACUUACUAUAUGGAUCAUCAUGAUUUUAACAUCGACCAUUGAUAAAAAUGUUGUUUUGGCUACAUUCUGUCCACCACGUUGUAAAUGCAAUGAAGUAAAACUAUUAGUGUUCUGUAAUGAAACACAAAUAGAUCUAGUGCCUAUAAUGUUAAAUCCACAGCUAAAAGAAUUAUAUCUACAUGGAAAUCGUAUCAAAAAUAUAUACUCAUCGUUUAUUGUCUAUCAAGAAUUGCAAUAUUUAGAUCUAUCAAAUAAUCAAAUUGGUGAUACCGGUAAAAAAAGUUUCAUCAUGCAAAAAAAGCUCAAAGUUUUAUUAUUGAAUGGAAAUAAUCUGACACAGUUGAAUAAUCUAUCAUUCUAUGGUCUUGAAUCAUUAUAUUUACUUGAUUUAAGCCAUAAUCAUCUAUCGAAAUAUAGCCGUAUUUUUAUGAGCCUAAACAAAUUAGAAUGGCUCGAUUUGUCAUCUAAUCAAAUUACACACAUCAACAAAGAGGCAUUCUUUGGUUUACUCAAUUUAAAACGGCUUAAUCUACAUGGUAAUCAGCUCAAGCAUAUUCCAACACAAUCCUUUUAUCAUUUGCAAAGUUUAGUUGCAUUAAAUUUGAGCAGCAAUAGGUUCACACAUAUUCCUGAAAUGGCCUUCUCUCCAUUGGCAAUGUUGGAAGAACUUAUUAUUGAUUCCUGUUCUAUUAGUGCCAUACAUUCACGUGCUUUCAUACAUUUGUCCAACUUGAAUUAUUUGGAUCUACAAAAUAAUCGAAUGGCCAAUGUUCCGACGGAAUCUUUCAGCUAUGUGACCACAUUGAGAACGCUAAACUUGAGCAAUAAUCUGAUUACAGUAUUAAAAAGGAAUGCCUUCAAAAAUUUGACACAUCUGCAAACGUUGACCAUAUCAUCGUGUCCAUUAAGUCAAAUCGAAAAAGAUGCCUUCAUUGACAAUAUUAAUUUGAACAGGCUAGUGAUCGAGAAUAAUAAAAAAUUAAGCCGUAUCGAGAUCGGUACAUUUGAACAGCAACAUGAUUCAUUGGAAUAUCUAUCACUACGAUCCAAUAUGAUAGCUUUUUUAGAUUGGCAAACAAUCAAUAUAAAACGCCUUCAUUACAUUGACCUACAACAGAAUCCAUUGGCAUGUAAUUGUUCGCUUAGUUGGUUGAUUGCCUAUUUAAAACAUUCCAAUAUGAUAAGUCAAUCCCAGAAAGACCAAGUAAAAUGUUAUUUUCCAAACUAUCUAUAUGGAAAAAAAUUAAUUACACUGUCCGAAACGGAUUUAUCUUGCUCAAAAUUAAAUUCAACGAUGAAAACAGUUGUGAACAUUUUUACUUACACCGCUAUGCUUAUCUUAAUUAUGACAAUGAUGAUUGUCAUCUGUCGUAGGCACAAACGUUGUUUGCCUUUUUGUUGCAUAUGUCGACAAUGUCGAUUUAGCUCCUGCUGCUGUUGCCGAAACUGUUGUUCCACUGAAUCCUCAUCAUCAUCAUCAACAACAUCAUCACCAUCAUCAUCAUCAACUAUACCGAGUUCUAGUCAGCCUAUCAUUGUAGGCAAUCAUCAUCAUCAUCAUCAUCAUUUUAUAUCAACGCCAAUAUUAUCAAAAUCAACAACAGUACCAUUAUUCACACCAACAAUACACAGACAAUGAUGAUGAUGAUGGUGUUCAGAAUCAACUACCAGCUAAAUCUAGAUUGGAAAACUCUUUCUAUUAUCCCACGAAAAUAAUUAAUGAUGAACUG